CUAGACCAGACACGUCAACUUUUGCCUAUGGUCCAAAAGAGCCCUCGGACGAAAAAAAUAAUAAAGAAGAAGAUGAGAUAAACUUGACAGUUAUCUCUAAUAAGAAGAAAGAAAAAGGCUGAAUGUCCUUUAAAAACAGAAGAAGAAGCGCAUUUUGGGAAAUUUGACAUUUCAUUCGGACGUGUAGAUGCAAGAAAAAAAUGCGAAUUGAAUGUAUGUUAAAAAUACCAAAAUAAUCAAGAAUAUUGAAAAUUUCAAUGAUUCAUUGUGGUAACUAUUCAAAAUGAAUUAUAAUGCGAAUAGUGCGGGACGACAACCCCUUGGAAGGAAGCCCAAAAGGGUAAGCGAUGUCAACUCCAUGGGCUACAAUCCUUACGACCAACCAUUGCAACCACCACAGAACUUGUACCCAAAUCUGGAUAACAAUUCAUUUCAACAAGGUUUCGGUAAUGCCCAAACUUUCACGAGCACCCCAAAUGUCCCUCAACCUCAGUCUUUCAACUACAAUCAGGCCCCAUACCCACAAGUUAAUCCAAUGGCUCCAGCUACACCAAAUUUGGGUGUUUUAACUCAACCUGUUGUGCAGGACAUGGCUUUACAAUAUGGACAACAGUUGGCUGGUGCUGGUAAGACCAUGUUGAAAAAAGAAGUUGAGAGAUAUAUCCCUGUUUCAAAGUUGAAGUACUAUUUUGCUGUUGACACCAAAUAUGUUCUCUCAAAAUUGCUGCUGCUAUUUUUUCCAUUCACCCACAAGGAUUGGUCAGUAAAGUAUGAACAGGAUGGCCCAGUUCAGCCCAGAUUUGAAAUCAAUGCUCCUGACUUGUACAUCCCCACAAUGGCAUACACAACCUAUGUUCUAGUGGCAGGCCUGGUUCUAGGAAUGCAGGAGAGGUUCAGCCCAGAACAAAUAGGAAUCUUGGCAUCAUCAGCUCUGGCUUGGUGUAUUGUAGAACUAGCUGUUUAUAGCUGUACUCUCUAUAUCAUCCAAGUAGAAACUAGCUUGCGUACAUUAGAUUUGCUGGCCUACUCUGGCUAUAAGUUUGUUGGGAUAAUACUGAGUGCCAGCAUUAGCAUCAUAGCUGGCAGUACAGGAUAUUAUUGUACUCUCUUGUAUACUAGUUUUGCUCUGGCAUUUUUCUUGAUAAGGAGUCUCAAGGUUCAAGUGUUGGCAGAGCCUGCUCAAGAAUCCAGCUAUUAUGGAGGGCAGCAAAAUACUUUGGGACACAAAAGGAGGGUGUAUUUUCUACUGUUUUUGGCUGGGGUGCAACCUGUCUUGUCUUGGUGGCUGUCUUAUCAUUUAAUGCCAUUAGCUGAAAAAACAGUUGUUCAGACAACAGUUUAA